GUGAAUCUUUACCGAAAAUGCCAAUUCUGGCCUGACGAGGGACGUUGUGUUUUGCGGGAUUGUCAAGUUCAAGACUGUAAUCUUUCGGAAGUUCCUGCUGGAAUUCGAGAAUCUAGCUACGAUAAACUUAUUUCCCGCGAGGCCAUGUGUAUUGAUACCAGUGGUAGUCUUUGUAACAAAGCGUGUUCUGAAGAAGAAGAGGAAGCUGUAACACUUGGUCAUCUGGAUACGUCAUUGGAUGAAAAUCAAGAGAGGACAAUAGGAAGGUGGUCCACAAAAGACGCAGAAGAUAAGCCAUUCUGUGAACUUGGUGACGAAUCUGAACAGGGCAUGAUCUAUGUUGAUCUGCUUAAGAAUGUGGAAAAAUACACGGGCUAUAAGGGUGAAUCAGCCGGACGUGUUUGGAGAUCAAUCUACCUCGAAAACUGUUUUGAGUCUAAUCCAAUGCGUGUUUACAAUGGCGUCCCUUACUCUCCAGUUGAUACGAAGACUUGUAAGGAGAAGCGCCUGUUUUUCCGUCUUAUUUCUGGCCUCCAGACAAGCAUCAGCCUUCAGCUAAGCUACAACCACCUUCUAUCUGAUUUCAAAGGCGCUUCCAAUUUCUUCAGCCGACCAACGAAGAGUGUCUGGGGUCCCAGUUUGGAUGAGUUUAUUCGACGAUUCCAUCCCUCCAUUGUUCCCGAAUCGCUCUCUCGUCUCCGCAAUCUCUUUCUUGUUUAUGCGGUGGAAAUGCGUGCUAUUUCGAAAGUGGCCCCGUUGCUUAGACAGCAUGCCUUUUAUACCGGGGAUGCUGCUUCUGAUACCCAAACUCGAAGCAUGGUUCUAGACGUUCUCAGUGAUAUUGAGAAUCAAAACAGCUUUUUUGAUGAAUCCCAACUAUUCCAUGAAUCUGGCAGGGAAAUUCUCGACUUGAAGGAAGAGUUCCGCUUGCGUUUCCUUAACAUCACCCGAAUCAUGGACUGUGUCGGAUGUGAUAAAUGCAGAAUGUGGGGAAAACUGCAGAUACAGGGAAUGGGCACUGCCUUGAAAAUCCUUUUUUCUGAUAACAUUUUUGGCAAAUCCGCAGAUGGGCAUGUUAAAUUACGGCCAAAUUUUCAACUCCGGCGCACGGAGAUUGUAUCGCUCUUCAACGCUUUCACCAAGUGGGUGUUUUUGUCAAUUGCUAUUUCAUAA